AACCUGUGGUCACAUGCUCUAAGUCGUUCAUGAAUCAUUUUAUCAUAAAUGUACAUAAGUAUCUAUGUUAUGUAUAUAAAUAUCUCCGAUUCUAUCGACAUUGUAGCUAAACUUUUGACGUGACACUAGCAACAAAGUAUAUACCAUGGAAACCUUGACCAUUUUUGGACAAAAAUGUGGAACUCAAGUCUCUCUUCUUUCUCCAAGUGCGGUGAGCAAACUCUCUCGCUUUCCACUGACAUCAUUUGCUCGUAAACCUACAAAGCAGGUUUGUUUGAAGACUACGGAUUGUGACCUUGAUGAAAGUAAGCGUACGUUUAACAAGUUUCCACGUUCUGACUGGGGUGAUCAUUUCCUUCGUCUUCCCAUCAAUGUCUCAGAUAUGGAUACGCUUACAAGAGAGAUGAACGCACUAAAGCCUACAAUAAGGAAGAUGCUCAUGUAUUCACAAGACGUGGAGGAGACAAAGAAGAGAAUUCUUCUAAUCUAUUUGCUGGUCGCACUUGGUGUGGCAUACCACUUUGAGGAUGAGAUAGAUGAUAAUCUGAAACACAGCUUCGAAAAGAUAGAGACCAUUAUGGCCGGUGAAAUUGACUUGUCGACAGUUUCGGUCAUGUUUUGGGUUUUAGGACAUAUGGAUAUAACUUGUCUUCUGGUAAGGAAUGUGUUUAGGAGAUUUAAAGGGAAAGAUGGGAAGUUUGAAAAAUGUCUUAAAGAAGAUGUCAAAGGUCUGCUAAUUUUGUAUGAAGCCACACAAUUGGGUACAAGCACUGAGGAUAUUUUGGACGAAGCGAUGAGCUUCGCGUCGAGCCACUUGGAGUGUUUAUUAGCAGGUGGAACGUGCCCGCCUCAUAUCUCAAGGCUUAUACGAAAUGCACUUUACAUGCCUCAGCACCACAAUUGUGAAAUAUUAUUCGCAAGCGAAUACAUUUGGUUCUAUGAACAAGAAGAUGUUCACAACAAAGUCCUACUUGAGUUCGCCAAGCUCAAUUUCAAGUUCCUUCAACUCCAUUGGAUUCAUGAGCUGAAAAUUCUCACCAAAUGGUGGAAUGACCAAGAUCUUUUAUCUAAGCUCCCACCUUACUUUAGAGACAGACUGGUGGAGUGCCAUUUAUAUGGAGUGAUUAUGUAUUUCGAGCCAAAAUAUUCAUUUGGCAGAAUCAUAUUGGCUAAGUUACUGGUGCUCUUGACCGUUGUCGAUGACACGUGUGAUAGAUAUGGUUCUGUUCCUGAGGUUGCAAAGCUUCUUGAUUGCGUCGAAAGAUGGGAUCCAGAUCUUGGGGAGAGUCUGCCAGAUUAUAUGAAAACCGUCUUCAAGUUUACUUUGGACGUUUUUGAAGAUUGUGAACGAGCGGGGAGGUGUGAAGAAGGACAAAGCUUCAAUGUGGAAGGUGCAUUAGCUGAGUUCAAGAUACUCCAGCGAACCCAUCUUAGCUUUGCUGAGUGGGCAGCGGCAGAAAAGGUGCCAACAGUUGAAGAGUAUUUGGAGGUUGGGGGCGUGGGGGUCACAAUGUAUGCAACUAUAGCAUUGGGUUUUCUCGGGUUGGGACCGAGGGCUAGGGAACAAGGUUAUGAGUGGCUAAAAUCUAGACCAAAACUCGUUCAUGAUUUGGCAACAAAGGGUCGUCUGAUGAAUGACAUGGGAGGCUUCAAGGAUGACAUUGGAAGAGGUUUUAUCGCAAACGCAGUCAACUAUUAUAUGAAGGAAUAUGGAGCUACCGAAGAGGAAACAUAUAAGGAGUUUCAUAAAAUAGUUAGAGACCUGGAGAAGUCGGUGAACUCGGAGUUCUUGAAGAUAAAUAAAGGAGUGCCUCGCGAGAUCCUAUCGCGAGCCAUUAAUUGUGGGAAAAUGAUCGAUGUUACCUACAGAUCCGGUGACGGGUACACUCGGCCCAAAGGAAAAUUCACAGAGUAUGUCGAAUCAUUGUUUGUCGACCACAUGGAUGCGUCUUUGAAACACUUGGUUCCACUCUAGCUCCUGUGAUGCACCAUGCAUCUUCUUCUACCUUAUGAGCUUUAUUGAACAUGUAAUAUGCACAUCUAAUUUUGUAAGUAUGUAAGUUCCCA